AAACCUGUCAUUCCCUUCAUCCAAACAUUCUUUUGCUCGAGGUACUCAGUUCUCGAGAUAUCCUUUUGCUUUCCCGACUCCUUCAUUAAGUCCAAAAUUUCAAACAACCGGCGAGAUGGUCUCUUUCUCUCAUAUUCUGACCACUGGCUUGGUCGCUGCCUCGGCCUCAGCAUUGCCAUUGAAGUCCAGCCUGUCGAACCUGCAGAAACGGUCCUCCAACAAGCGUGGAGCUGCUUACAACGAUGCGUCGCUGGUCAGCACCCUCACCGACAACUCAGCCAGCACAGUGUCGUGGUCCUACAACUGGGGCAGUAGUGUGGACGGCACGAUGCCUUCGGACAUGGAGUUCGUGCCCAUGCUCUGGGGAUCCAGCUUCUUCAGCGGCUGGACCGAGGCGGUUGAGACCGCGCUGUCGAGCGGCAGCUCUUACAUUCUCGGCUUCAACGAACCGGACAUGUCGUCUGGGGCCGACAUGUCGGCCUCCACCGCAGCCCAAUACUACGAGGAGUACAUCACUCCCUACUCCGGCAGCGCCAAAUUGAUCAGCCCGGCCGUGACCUCUUCGUCUUCCAGUGGCGAGGGUCUUGACUGGCUCAAGAGCUUCAUGGACGACUGCCAGAGCUGCAAUAUCUCGGGCCUGGCUGUCCACUGGUAUGGAGAUUCUGUUGACGAUCUGAAGACUUUUGUCUCCGAAGCGAUCAGCACGGCGGCUGAGUAUGAUAUUUCGGAGGUCUGGCUCACCGAGUUUGGUCUUAAUGCUGAUGAGAGCGGUGUCUCUGAUGCGUCGACUACCGUCGACUUCUUGGAUGAGGCUCUCACUUGGCUUGAUUCUCAGUCGGAGGUGGCCCGUUAUGCUUUCUUUUAUUGUGCCAAUGAUUAUAUGCUUACUGAUGGGGCGGUCAACUCGGUUGGGGAUGCUUACAUGUCGAGCUCGUCUUCUUCUUCAACUUCUUCGACUUCUUCGUCCGAGUCGUCUUCUUCUUCUGCGGCAUCUGCUUCGACUAGUUCCUCUGUUGUGGAGUCUACUUCAUCCGAGUCUUCUUCAUCUUCGUCGUCUUGGUCUGAAUCCUCUUCAUCUGAGUCAUCUUUCACCGAGCUGUCGGCCGAAUGAUCAUCUUCGCAUUAGUCCGUUCCAUCCGAAUCAGCCUCAUUGAGCUUAUCUCCAGCGGCGCCUUCCGAGUCCCCGUCCGUGUCUGAGCCCACGAAGCCUGCAGAACCCACGUCGAUAUCACGCGAAUAGAAAAAGUACCAAAAAGCUAUCCUUUCGUCUGGUCUCGUCACCUCAAAUCCACUUCAUGAGUCCCCAUCGGACCCCGGUGUUUGCCC